AAUCUCAUAGAUAAGAUUUAAAGUUUCUUGAGAAAGUCUGCUUCGUUUAUUUCCACGUUCUAUCUAUCUAGGGUUUGGGCCUUUUAGGGUUUAGGGUUCGAUUAAUCCCUUUUCUCUGCUUCUUGUAGUUCUAGUAUUUGUUACCUCUCUCGCUCUGCUGCAUCCGUCGUGCUCCAAGAUCGAAGAAGAUGACGAGACCUGUUUUCUGUGGCAACAUUGGAUAUGAGACUCGUCAGUCAGAACUGGAUAGAUUGUUCUCUAAAUAUGGAAGGGUGGAUCGCAUCGAUAUGAAAUCUGGGACAUCUAAGGAAUAAUGAGUUUGUAUCUCUUGGCUCAUCAACUUCUGUGCUAUAAACACCUAACACAAAAGGAAAUUCAUCCGUGUGAAUGCCUACUCUCACCUACUUACAGAUGGAAUCAGUUUGCAUUUCAUUCACCCGAUUAUUGGCCUUUACAUCUUGUCAUGCACUUAAGAUUAUUAAUUUUUUUAAUCAAAAAGGUUAUAUAGGCCGCAAUAAGUGUUUCCAAAUGGGGCUUAUAGUUUGAUAUAUCAAUUGUCCAUGUAAUGCUCACCAUCACAAUUUUGAGGAAAUCAAUGAAAUGCAAAGACUUCACUUCAAUUGAUUUCAUGCUGUAAAGUUUCCAUAUCACCGGAGUUGAUGGCAAGAUAUCAAAUUCUCAUUCUAUGUCUAUUGUCUUGCCACUGAACACGAAUGUUCAAGAUGUAUGAUUUCUAUCAUUCCAUUAUAUUCCCUCCAUGGAGAAGCAUGCUAAGCAAUGUUGACUCAGACCUGAUACUUUGGAAUUUAAACGUUUUAACAUGCUACUAUCAUCACAAUUUAGUUCUUCAUGCCAUGCCUCUACACCCUUGUGUUCAUCAGCUCUUCCUCGUUAUUGAAGGAUUUGCUUUUGUUUAUUUUGAAGAUGAGCGAGAUGCUGAGGAUGCCAUUCGUGGUAUUGACAAUUUUUCGUUUGGGCAUGAUAGGCGCAAGCUAUCUGUUGAAUGGGCUAAGGGUGAUCGUGUGCGCCAUCGCGACGGCUCUAGCUCUAGGGCUAGGGCUAUGAAAAACCAGAGACCAACAAAAACUUUAUUUGUCAUAAAUUUUGACCCAAUCCAUACAAGGGUCAGUGAUAUUGAAAGACACUUUGAGACGUAUGGGAAGCUUAUGCAUGUACGCAUUCGACGCAAUUUUGCAUUUGUGCAGUUUGAAACUCAAGAGGAGGCGACAAAGGCUCUUGAGGGUACCAACAUGAGAAAAUUAAUGGACAGGGUUGUCUCAGUUGAGUAUGCUCUGAGAGAUGACGAUGAGAAAGGGGAAAGCAAAUAUGAUAGUAGUCCUAGAAGAGGAGGAUAUGGUAACAGACGUUCACCAAGUCCGGUGUAUAACAGGAGGCCAAGUCCUGAUUAUGGGCGAAAAAGCCCACGCAGUCCCCCCUACAAUAGGCGGCCGAGUCCUCAUUAUGGGCGGGGCCCACACAGUCUCAUCUACGAGAGACAUAAUAAAACAGUUCCAACCUUUGACAGGGACAGAAGAAGCCCCGACUAUGGUAGAUAAAACAGAACAUAAGAGAUCAUCAGUAGGAAGAGAAGGAGCUGUUAGUGGGAGAUAUAAUAUCAUCAUCAUCAACUGUGUUUCGGGUACAUAUUAAUUAAUGUUGUGUUGCAUUUGAACUUGAACUCUUUUGGGAGUUGUUUUUAGUUGACAUUUUAGGUAUUUUACCAUCUAUAACAAUGAAUGUCUUUUGUUAUUUGGUUA